AUGUCCACUGGCAAGGAAGUCAUCAUCAUCGGCGGGGGUGUAUCAGGGCUCGGCAUGGCCAUCCAGCUGAAGCGCCUCCUCGGCCACGACAACUUCACGCUGUAUGAGAAGUCGGACAACAUUGGCGGAACUUGGUGGCACAACAGGUACCCUGCCUGUGCCUGCGACAUCCCAAGCCACUUCUACUCAUAUAGCUUCGCUAUGAAGCCGGACUGGACGACGACGUACCCGGGACGCAAUGAGCUCCACGCCUACUUCUUUUCCGUGGCCGAGAAGUUCAACAUCCUGCCUCACUGUCGCUUCAACGUCAUGUGUACGAGCCUCACCUGGGACAACGACCGGGCCGUCUGGAUCUGCGAGUUCAAGAGCACCGUCACGGGUGAGACCUUCACCCGCGAAGCUCCUGUCGUGGUCAGCGCCAUAGGAACGCUGGACCGACCCUACGUGCCCGAGAUUGCAGGGAACGAAUCCUUCGAGGGCGAAGUUUUCCACAGCGCCAGAUGGAACCACGACGUCAACUUCAAGAACAAGAAUGUGGUUGUCCUUGGAAACGGGGCUUCUGCAACCCAGUUCGUCCCCGAGCUGGUCAAGGACGUCGGACCCAGCGGCAGCGUCACACAGCUGGUGAAGAGCGCGCACUGGUGGACCAAGCGGGGAAACCCAAAGUACUCGGAAACGUUCAAGGCCGUCAUGAAGUACGUCCCGCUCGCUGCGCGCGUGUAUCGCGUUUACCUGGCCUGGGAGCUGGAGAAGGUCUUCUUCUCGUUUCUCAUGACGCCCGGCGGCGCCCGCAUGAGGCAGAAGAUUCGCGGCGCCACGUACGAGUAUAUCGAGAAGGACGCGCCGGCGGAGUACCGCGACAUCCUCAAGCCCAACUACGAGCCCGGCUGCAAGCGACGGGUCAACACGGCGACGUACCUUGCCGCCCUGCACUCUCCCAAGAUGCACCUGGCCAAGGACUCGGCGGUCAAGCUUCAUCCUCGCCAUGUCGAGACGGCCAGCGGCAAACGUUACCCCGCGGACGUGCUUGUCUUCGCGACAGGCUUCCUGACCCAGAAGUGGCUGUACCCGCUGGAGAUCCGGGGCAUCGGGGGUCGCGAGAUCCACGACGUGUGGGACGGUGCCGGGGGCGCGGAGGCGUACAAGGGCACCCUUGUGACCGGGUUCCCCAACUUCUUCAUCCUGUAUGGGCCAAAUGCGGCCACCGGACAGCACUCGGUUAUCUUCCACUCCGAGUGCCAGAUCAACUUUUCGUGCCGUCUCCUGCGACCCGUCCUCCGGAGACGCUCGCCGGUUGACUCCAUCAUGCCCACGCCCAAGGCGCAGAGGCGCGAUCUCCAGUGGGUCCACGGCAAGGUCCAAGGACUCGUGUUCAACAGUGGUUGCCAGAGCUGGUGGAUGGACCCCGUCACGAAGAAGAACACCUUCAUCUACCCGGACCCCAUGUACAAGUACUGGCUCAGGACCAUCUUCCCCCGCUGGUCCGACUUUCGGAUCAGGGGACCCGCCGGCGAUCAGCAACAAAGUUCGGGUAUGGGCAAGGUUCUGGCUGCAUUCGUGGGUUUGGGGGCUGCUUUUGCCAUCUACAGCGCUGCUGUUGACUGGAAGCCGGCGGUCCAGUACGCGGCCCUGAUGAGCUCCCGGCUCAAGUGGGAGUAA